CCCUCGACCAGCUGUUCGCAAACAAAACAAUUAGAAUAAAUCUUUAUAGUUUUUAACCAAUAUUAGUUACUUAAUGGACUGCUGCGGCAACGAAGUGCGCAGCGAGAGUAUCUACAACAUGCUGCAGGCUUUGGUCGAUUCGAAGGUGGUCAACGUGCAGCUUUUAUCCAUUGCCGUGGGCAUUUUCUUCGUGGUCCUGCUGCUGAAAAACAAUUUUCGCUGUUUUUCGGGCACGUAAUUGGAUCAAUUUUAGUGUCUAAUUAAUGCAAUAAUGUAAUGUAACGCUAAGGACUAAUAAUAAUAACUACUUCAAGCCAC